AUGAAGGCUUUCGCAGAAGUCAUAAAAGAACUGUGGUCGGAGGAUUCGACUGGCCAAGGUGUGAAUAUGAUCUCUUUGAAGGGCACAAUUCAAAAAUUUGCACCGUGCUUCAUCGGCAAUGCACAGCAAGACUCUCAAGAGUUCCUGCGGUUCCUGCUCUUGGGUUUGCACGAGGAUAUCAAUGAGGUCAUCGAGAAGCCGGAUCCUAAGUUUACCGACAUCGAUGAUCGAUCUGGAUGUCAACGAAAAGGCUUCGGAAUCUUGGUCGAGAUUCUUGAAAGUGGAUAA